AUGCUACACCUUCUCUCUAUCCUAGCACUCACCGGAAUUUCAACCGCUUCCGCCGCCUCCACUUGUAAAUCCUACCCCAAUACGCCCUCUUGGCCAUCGCGAGCAAAGUGGGACUCCCUAAACAGUACCGUCUCCGGCCGCUUGAUCGCUGCCAUUCCACCGGCUGCGUCGUGUCAUAAGAAGUUUAAGAAUACUUCUACCUAUGACCCCGUUAAAUGUGAGCUUGUAACAGCAAAUUGGGGAGAGCAGGAUUCAUCGUUCAAUCAUCCAGUAGGGGUGCUUUGGGACUUCUGGACGAAUAUAACCUGUUUACCGACCACGAAUCCGGAGGAGAGAUGCUCCCUAGGGACAUAUCCAGAGUAUGUGAUUAAUGCGACGACUGUAGAAGAUGUGCAAGCUGGAGUGAACUUUGCGAGGUUAAAUAACGUUAGACUGGUUAUUAAGAAUACAGGCCAUGAUUUCAUGGGGAAGUCAACUGGUGCAGGCUCUCUUAGUAUCUGGACUCACCAUUUCAAGGAAAUCGAGAUCAUUGAUUCCUACUCUGACCCCUCUACAACCUAUAAUGGUAGCGCAGUAACUCUCGGGUCUGGUUGGCAAACAGCCAGUAUCUAUAAUGCCCUGGAUGUGGUUGGGAAGGUCAUUGUUGGGGGCGAAUGCGCUGGCGUUGGUUUCUCUGGAGGCUAUAUCCAAGGCGGCGGUCACGGUCCUCUGUCCCCUCUCCAUGGAAUGGCCGUAGACAAUGUCCUCCAAUUCAAGUUGGUAACUGCAGAUGGUCUGUAUAAAACUGCCGACGCCCACAACAAUUCUGAUCUCUUCUGGGCGCUACGUGGUGGUGGUGGCUCGUCCUGGGGUGUUGUGACCUCUGUCACCGUGAAAACCUUCCCUACUCCAAUGGUCUCUGGUGCUGUAAUAGAGCUCCACUACGAUAAGACUACACCAGAAAUCUUUUGGGAAGGCAUUAAUAUUUUCCACUCCUUCGCACCACAAUACGCCGAAGCCGGUAUAUACGGUUACUACGAAAUUAAUGCGAAUUCAUUCCUCUUGAAACCGCUUCUGGCAACGGGAAAGACGACGUCCGAACUUACUGAAAUCCUUUCUCCUCUAUUCACCUCUCUCGAUACCCUCGGCGUACCAUACACCGCAACCAUAACCACCUAUCCCACAUUUCUCUCCGGCUACAAUUCCCUCUUCGACGGUGAAGCUGCUGGCCUAAAUAUGUUCACAAGCUCUCGUCUCAUUCUUCAUGAGCACGUAAUAGCUAACCAUACGGCGGUAACGCAAGCCUUCCGUUUAACCACAGAGGCUGGAUUAGGUAUAAUCGGUCACCUUGUAGCGCCCGGACAGUUUGGAGGGGUGCUAGAGGAGACAUCAGUAAACCCCAUUUGGAAAACGGGAUUGUUGCUGCCGUUAUAUAAUCACUUUUGGCUGGGUAACGAGACGGAUAGCGACUUCUUGGAGGGUUUGGAUCUGAUUGCAGAUGUUGACGCGGCUUUUAAAGAGGUGUCGCCAGGGUCAGGAACUUAUGUAAAUGAGGCAAAUGCAUAUGACCCGGAUUGGGCAAAAGAGUACUAUGGAGCCUCGUAUGAGCGAUUGUUGCGUAUCAAAAAGAAUGUGGAUCCUCACGGUGUCUUUUAUGCGAGAACGGCGGUUGGGAGUGAACUCUGGGCUGAGGCGAAUGGAAGGCUGUGUAGAGCGUAG